CCGGGACCGCGCGUGGUUUGUCACGUACACACUGUUCAAAACGUUAAUAGACGCCGUUGUGGUUGAUGACCGACAAGAAGCAAUUGGUAUCGGUGAUGUUGAGAUCCCAGUCAAGCGGUUCCCCCGGGGCUCUGGCUACAUGGCCCAUGGCAAGCUCCGCCUGCGCAAUGUCCUCAUGUCCCCACCUCCGUAUGCAAUAUCGUGGGCAAUGAGACAACCGGCGAUUACCAUGGCCUCCUGCUUGGACCAAUGCAAAAGAACGACGCGUAUGGGCAGAUCAUGGAUAGGCAUGGCAACCGGCUCGCCUGUGUCCAGAGACGGUGCAAUCUCCCCCUCCUCCAACUCAGCGGACCUCCCAUCGGGCCUGCUAAAGUCCAGUCACUCUUAAAGCCGAACGGAAUAUACUUUAUACUCGCCAACUGGCCUGAUGCAGAGCGACUCAGAUGGGCCGCGUCGCGAUCUGCUUCCCGUACACCUUCCCCUCUCACUGGUUCCUCACUGGAUUCGGGUUACACAGCCGAGGAAAAGGAGUGGCUGAAGCGGAAUUGGGGAGGCGAGUUCCGGUUUCUCACGUCUCACGGACUAAGCAUAUAUGAUGAAGACGACCGCGAGGAGGGUAGGAGGAUUGUGAGGGCCAUAAUGGAGAAAGACGAUGACGAAGAGCGAGGAAAUGGACAUGGCUACGUUCAAAUAGCGGGGGAGAGGGGGGGAUUUUUGCUGUAAGCGCCGUUGGCCUGAUAGCUCUUUCCCUGGCCGGAGCACACCAUCACGGCCGCUGUGCGCUAGCCUGUGGUUGAGUGCCGAUAUAGCCCUCAUCAACGCAGAACCAG